GCUUUUAAUAUAAAAGAAUUUAUAAAAGAACUAAUAUAGCUAUUUUUCUUAAUUACAAACCCAGUGUUAAAGAUUUAUUUCCCCAUAGCACUUUAAAUUAAUUAUUGUCAAAAUAAACAAAUGUUUAAGCUCUAACUCAGAUUAUGAAUAAAGCUAUAAUGUAUCUUUUGUAACAUUAGUUUAGAGUUUAGUAAUAUAACUUGGCAAAAUGCAUCUUUGCUUUAAAUUUGCUAGGUCACAGUCCUCUGUUGCAUUGGUUCGUAACUUAAGCUCUGCUCAACUUCCUCGACUGCCUGUUCCUCAGCUUCAAGACACCCUCAACAAAUGUCUCAGAUCAAUUCGGCCGCUAGUGACACCUGAACAGCUGGCACAGACUGAGACUGUGUUUCGCCAGUUUGGUGAGCCAGGUGGCGUUGGCUCUCAGCUCCAGCAGCUGCUGAUCAAGAGGGCAGAGAAACAUGAAAAUUGGCUGGCUGAUUGGUGGUUAAACUCAGCCUAUUUAGAGUAUCGAUCCUCAGUCGUUGUCUUCUCCAGUCCGGGCUUGGUAAUGCCAAGGCAACACUUUGAAUCUCCUGAGGAGCAAAUCAUGUUCGCUGCUAAGUUGGUCCUUGCUGUGCUGGACUUUAAAUCACUCAUUGAUAAUGACAAGCUACAAACAGAGAUGAUGGGGAAAGACCCACUGGAUAUGGCACAAUACAAGAAAGUGUUUGGGACUUGUCGUUUACCAAGGAUACCUAGAGAUGAAAUUGUUUAUCACCCUGACUCGAGACAUAUUGUUGUCAUGCAUAACAAUAAUAUAUUCCAGCUGAAUGUAAUAUCAGAUGAUAAUGCUCCGUGUAGUCAACAGCAAAUCUAUGAAGCACUAACUGUAAUUGUGGACAUGUGUGAUCACAAUGUUGCUCCAGUCGGAGUCCUGACUUCGGACCACAGAGAUGUCUGGAGUGAAAACUACCAACUUCUUGUAAAAGAUCCCAGUAACGCUGAGACGUUAAAGAGCAUUGAAAGUGCGUUGUUUGUGUUGUGUCUGGACGACGCCUCAGGUGAGGAGGGGGUUGACGACCGCACCAUGUGUGGGCUGCAGACGAUACACGGUAACGGAGUCAUGUCUAACGGCGGCAACCGCUGGUACGACAAGACCAUUCAGUUCUUAGUGAGCCAGGAGGGGAGAGUUGGAUUGACCUAUGAACAUAGUCCUGCAGAGGGUCAACCCAUAGCUUCAAUUGUCGAUCACAUAAUGUCUUAUAUAGAAUCAAACAAAUCAGCUCAAGUACAAGGCGAUCACACGACUCCCACAAAUCUCUGUGUCCCGUUAAGAUUUAACGUGAAUAAAGAGAUCAAACAAGCUAUAAAAACGUCGGCAUCAAACUUAGAAAAUUUGAUCAACAAUUUAGAAGCUCAAGCGUUUUCCUUUGACAAGUACGGAAAAGAUUUCAUCAAGAGCCAAAAACUCAGUCCUGAUAGCUUUAUCCAGAUGGCGAUGCAGUUUGCAUUUUACAGGCUCCAUAAUGUGCCUGGGGCCCACUACGAGACAGCGUCUACACGCAAGUACCUGCACGGCCGUACAGAGACCAUCCGCUCGUGCUCUCAAGAAAGUGUUGAGUUUGCACAAGCGAUGCUUGACACAGCGACGUCACCUCAGCAAAAAGUUCUGGCCCUGAAAAAAGCUGUGAAUGCUCACAAGGAUUACACAAUACAGGCUUUGAAUGGUUUUGGUGUGGAUAGACACCUGUUAGGCCUGAAACUAACAGCAUUAGACCACGGAUUACCUGUUCCUGCCCUAUACUCGGAUCCUGGCUAUCUGAAGAGCUUGCACAUGAGGAUAUCAACGAGUCAGGUAGCCCUGAAAAGUGACGGUUUCAUGAUCUACGGCCCUCUGGUCGAAGAUGGUUAUGGCUGCUGUUACAACCCGAGACCCAACGACAUCAAGUUUGGCACCACAGCCUUCGUCUCUUGUCCGGAGACUUGUGCUGUUGAGUUCUGCCGCAGUUUGGAGCAGUCUUUGACAGAUAUGCAUCAGCUGUUAGCUUCAACUCCAACUGCCCACCUUUAAGAUCAGGGAUUGCACUUUUGGUCCUUUGUAUUAACGUUAACACAGCUGCUGGUUUCUAACGAUUACAAUGAAAAUAGUUUGUCCUUGAAAUGCGCCUUACUCUAACUCUUUUUAUUGCAUGGUGGUUGUACAAGUAUUUUGAACAUGUACAGUAUAUUUUAUGUGUGUUGAGAAUGUAUUCCUGUAAAGACUGAUUUAUAUUUUUAAUAAUCAAAAGUUUUAUCAUUAAAGAUUUUAUA